AAUUCAUCUGUGCGACAAUUUCCCAAACCUAGAUUGCUGCUUCGCUGUCUGCUUUACCCGAUCGCCGGUUUCUUGAUCAUGCUAGGCAUUGUGCAAUUUAUCUCCAUCGCCUGCGGCAUAGUUAUCGCAUUUUUCCCCAGCGAACUCGACCGUGCAACCGAGCGGUGGCAAUCGCACAGCACAACCCAAUCUAUCGACCUCUCCCACUGGCCCACCGAUGCCUCCCGUGACAUCAUCCCCGUGGCCUGCCACUCGCACAACGACUACUGGCGUCCCGUGCCGUUAUUCUCCGCCAUCCAGGCCGGCUGCAUCGGCGUCGAGGCCGAUGUCUGGCUGUUCGACGAGGAGCUCUACGUGGGCCACACCACCUCAGCGCUGACUCCGAAGCGCACCCUGCGCAGUCUGUACAUCGAUCCCCUGCUCCGGGUCCUCGAACAGCAAAACCCGCUCACCGAGUUCCACCCCCACCGCCAACGCCCCCUCCAGGGCAUCUUCGACACCGACCCCGCCCAGACCCUGGUGCUGCUGAUCGACAUCAAGACCGACGGCCAGGACACCUGGAACCAAGUCGCCGCCCAGCUGACUCCGCUGCGUGAGCGCGGCUACCUCACCUACUUCAACGGCACCGCCCUCGUCCCCGGCCCGCUCACUGUCGUCGGCACGGGCAACACCCCCUUCAGUCUCGUCACCGCCAACACCACCUACCGGGACAUCUUCUUCGAUGCGCCGCUCAACCUACUCACCGAGAACGGAGCGGAGGGAGCCGCGGACGCCGCUUCGCCAAGUGAACACCCGCACGACCAGCUCCCUCAAGCCCUGGCCACCGCCCCCGCGAUCACCGUCCGCGGUGACGAAACCGACAACCCGACCACGCCGGCGGAAAACGUCGGUCAGGGCCUCUCAGGCGUCACGCCGCAGUCCGAAUCCUUCGACUGGACCAAUAGCUACUACGCCUCGGUCUCCUUCAAGAAGUCCAUCGGCUCCCCGCGCGCCUUCCGGCUCUCGGAUCAGCAGAUCGACCGCAUCCGGGCGCAGAUCCGCGCCGCUCACCGCCGCGGCCUCAAGGUCCGGUACUGGGGCCUGCCGAGCUGGCCGCGCAGCCUCCGCAACCAUCUCUGGGCCGUCCUGGUGCAGGAGGGCGUCGAUAUCCUGAAUGUCGAUGAUCUGCGGAGCGCGACCCGGCAGGAUUGGAGGCCCAAGUUGUCUGAUUUGUGGGGUUAGUCACUAGUCACAUACUAGGUAAACUUUUCGUUUCCUUUGGAGAUGCAAGGGAGGGGUCUGAGCUAUGUGAAGAUGAAAUUCGAUAGAAGGCGUUUUUUAGAAGGGGGGGGGUUAUCUUUUCUCGCGGCUUGGCGUGGCUUUCUUAUGAUGAAAUUCCUUAUGGUGAUACCCUCUAUCUUGCUGGCGAUGGGCCCAUUCGUUGUUUUAUUUUGGGUUCUUGUUCGUUGCGCUUUGUUUUAUGAUCACGAGAUGCUACGCUGGUGUUAAUAUGGAUUGCUUCUUGACAGGCUGGGAUUUAUUGCGACGCUAUUGUUCAUGCUCGGGCGGAGAAAUGUUGGUUUUUCGUUCUAGACUAGGUUGCUUUUGUGCUUCUUUUUGACUUCCUAGAAAGACGGAGACAAGAGAGAACAGAAUCUUAGAC